UUUUGGUACACACCACAAAGGACACAUAAUGACAAUGACCAAACGUGUCUCAAGAUGCCACAACUUCUUCAACAAUGGCAGACACUUUCGACAAGAACACAGCUCAACACAGCUUAAGUAUUCCGUGCUUUUCCUACCACUAAUCCUGUCCAAACCACCCACCAACGCCCAACAGCAAUAACGGCCUUGUGAUCACCGCUCAAGCAACAAGGAGAACCAUCCUACCCUAGUCCACACUCACUCCACAGCCUUUUCACAAUCGAUCUGGUUGCCCAACACAUCAUGAUGCUCUCAUGCAUACCCGACUUCGCCUAACUAAGCCAACUCUUCUCAACACACACCAUCACCCUAACUCCCUCCAAUCCCUCCCAGCAGCAGGCCUGCGACCUCAACAACAACCCCUAUUCGUCCUGGCGACCUCCAACAUGUCCUCAAAACACACCUGCCUUUGGGUAAUGAUACGCGUGUCAACGAGCAGCCGGUGCAAGAGCCGCCAAAGGAGGAGGACAACCGCCCCAGCCCCAAGAAACGCGCUGAACGCGCUCGACGUGAGUUUAUCCAAGCCGUGGUCGAUCGAGCGCGGCAGAUGGGCUUGGAUAAGCCGCGGUGCGAUGAGAUGCCGGAGAUACUUGCGCUGCGGGAUGCUAUCAAGGGCGGUGCAUCCGAGGGUAAGCAUGUCGGAACUCACACCACCGCCAGUGGGUCUGAUAUUGGCCCCAAAAAAGCCCCCCCCCCCUGCGGCCCUUACUACUAAGGUGACAGAUAGUGAGAAGGUGCCUGAUGUAUCAUCGUUGUUCGAUGAGGAUAAAGGCGAUGCUAAUACAGACGCUAUGUUAGCCGCCGGGCGUCAAGCAGCACCAGACACAGAAGGUAACACUGAACGGGAGCACAAGCUCAAGGAAGAGCAGACGCACAACCCAGUCACCUCGAGCAUCAUUCGUCUUUCCACGCACCGCAGCGUCAAUACCGUUCGCCACAAAUCCGCAGCCGACGAGCCCGACGCGCGGUCUGAUACCUCCUCCUCCUCCUCGUCCUCAUUUAUCAAUGGUCUUUCCGAUGCCCAGUCCUAGCAGGCGGCAUCACAACCUUCGCCCCUCCCUCUCCCUCCUUCGAUC